GUUGUGUUCUUGCUGCCAAGAACCGAAGUCUGGCAACGACCGCGGCCAGAACAGCUGGCCGGCGUUGCCAGGCGUAAAGAACGCAGAAGAGCAACAGAAAAGCAAGCGAAAUGAAAUGAAGGAACAACAAUAAAAGAAUCGCUACUUUGUAGUAUUAUUAACCAACAAAAAAGCGCGGCGCGAUCACAAUGUUUCUGACUGCGAACGGUGUCGGUUGUCUUUACUGUGUGUGAGCCGAGCGGAGCGCAGCGGCGAAUUGUUUACAUUCUGCUAGAAAAAUCACAACAAACAAACAAACACUCUCGACUGACAAUAACAAUAACAUGCAAAUAAAAUGCAUUUCAAGCGGCGCAAAUAAAUGAUUCAAAUUAAACGCAUGACACGAUGACCAUUUAAAAGAAUCGCCAAGCAGGAAGAGGCGAAAAGAAUUCGAGAAGCGCAAAGCGAGCCGAAGAAAGUGUACAAAAUCAGGCCAAGCCGAUUUGUUUUUGCUUCUUUCGUACUUUUCCCUUUUUUUUUUGUCUUCUAUUUUUUGUUUGUUUUUGUUUUUUGUUGUGGUGUGGUGUGGUGUGCGGCUUCAGUUGGAUUUUCAUUUCUCUUUCGCGCAAGAACAACAAAUGAAGCACGGAAGCGCCUGAAAAUGGAAUUUCUGGAGAACCUGUACAAAACGCUGCAUUCCCUUCUGUCCUCCUACAUCGAUCUGGACUAUUCGCUAUGGCUAUAUCGCUUCUUGACCCCGCUAAUUGUCACCUUUCUGCUGCCUUUGGUCUUCGUGGCCCUCAUCUACAUUUCGUUUCUGGUGCUUUUCAUCUACAAGCUGCACAGGCAGGUGAUAAUGCGCGCGGUGCAGGGCGAUCGAAAUUUCUGGCGAGUGGGCCGCAAGAUUGUGGCCGCCAUUUGGGACGCACAUGCGCGGAUCUACCACGGCUACGAGGUGAUCGGACUGGAGAAUGUGCCGCAGGAGGGACCGGCGCUGAUCGUCUACUACCAUGGAGCCAUACCCAUCGACAUGUACUAUCUGAACUCGCGAAUGCUGCUGCAGCGCGAGCGCCUGAUCUACACCAUUGGCGAUCGGUUCCUGUUCAAGCUGCCCGGCUGGGGCACCAUCUCGGAGGCAUUCCAUGUCAGUCCCGGCACCGUGCAGUCCUGCGUGAGCAUACUGCGCGAUGGCAAUCUGCUGGCCAUCUCGCCGGGCGGCGUGUAUGAGGCACAGUUCGGGGAUCACUACUACGAGCUGCUGUGGCGCAACCGCGUCGGCUUCGCCAAGGUGGCCAUCGAGGCGAAGGCCCCCAUCAUUCCCUGCUUCACACAGAAUCUGCGGGAGGGCUUCCGCCAGGUGGGCAUCUUUCGCACGUUCUUCAUGCGCCUGUACAACAAGGUGCGCAUCCCGGUCUAUCCCAUCUACGGCGGCUUUCCCGUCAAGUUCCGCACUUACCUGGGCAAGCCCAUACCCUACGAUGAGAACCUAACGCCGCAGGAUCUGCAGAUAAAGGUGGCCACGGCCAUCGAGGAUCUGAUCAAUCAGCACCAGCGUCUGCCCGGCAGCAUCCUGCUGGCCCUGCUCGACCGACUGCCCACGUUCAGGCGACGCGUCCGGCAGAAGGAGGAUUGAUUGGAGAUUGCCGUGUAGCGCAUAGAGAGAUUAACAGAUUGAGCUUGGUCCUGGCCAUAUAAAGACUUUGUUCCAUGUACUUCAUGAUGUGUGUAGGCAGCGCCAUAUAUACAUACAUACAUCUCCGUAGACCAUACUUACUCACCCAAGCAACUGAAAGAACUUUGCAACUUUGUAAAUGCCCACCAGCACCAGCCCUUUGCCUUCAGUUCGUUAGUCACAUCUCGAGUUCAUUGAGUUCUCCGGACGAGCAGUCGCUUAAGCAGUCGCUUAAGUAUAAAUGUUUUAAUUAGCCCUAGAGUACGACUAGGCACUUGAAUCGAGCACCGAACAAAGAGGACCUCCACCUUAAUAUUUUGUAUAUGCUGUGUCUUCUGACCAUGAUCAUAUUUGAACUCGUUUUUCUUCCUUUUAGCGUAAUUGUAGACACAUUAAGCAAGUUGUCGCUAGUUUUCCAUUAGGUAUGCACGAUGCAUAUAUCAUUUUUGUACCUUUUUUAAUGCAACAAAACAAGCGCAUGUGAAAUGCAAACGAAGAAAUGACGAUCUAUAUCUGCCUGUGAGUGUGUGUGUGUGCGAUUGUGUGUACUAUAUAGUUAAGGAAAUUGUGUAUAAUAUAGCUAUAACACCGGAUUAUUCCCAGCGACAGGAAUUUUCAAAAGAUCUAUGGAAUAAAAGUGGAAAAAACUUAA